AUUUUCAUUUUCACCUCCCGCCACCUCUAAUUCAUCAAAUCUCAACAUCCCACAUUUUCUCUCUCCUCCCAAAAUGCGCCACCACAUCGCCGCCGCUUCAUCCACCCCAACAACACCCGCUACCCCGUAUCUAGAUCCUUCUAAACGGGCGAAAAGGCGUGGGAGUUACAACUGUGGCCGAUGUGGUCUUCCCAAAAAAGGCCACGUCUGCGACGGCACCACCACCACCACCACCAACAACUAUAUCGUCAACUCCGCCACUGAUACUCCGUCGACUCCCCGCCUUCCACCGCUUCGGACACAGCGGGCGUUAUCCUUUGACGACGUGGACGUCGGGGAUUCGUCCGAUAACGAGACGGCGGUUGGUUUGGGAGCAAUCGAUGAGGAGGAAGACGAGAACUUCUUCGAUGCCGAUGAGAUUGUUUCCGGUGGGUUGCCUGCCGGUUGUAUGUGGGAGGUGAUGAAGAGGUUGCCUCCUUCAUCGGUGUUGUUGGCUUCUGGGGUUUGUAAAGGAUGGAGAGGUAUAGCGGGUCGGGUUUGGAAAGCUACUGAAGAGUUACGGGUUAGGGUUCCGGUGAAUGGGUCAGUUGGGUUUGUCGGGUCGGUUUUGAAGAAGUGUUGUGCAUCUCUUGUUAGGAUCUCUCUUCGGAUGGAUAGUGAUGUGGAUGCGACACUACUAGCUUGCAUUGCGUUCUCUUGCCCGAAUCUGGAGUCCAUGGAGAUCUCUACCUCAGAGUUGUCAGUUAACCGGAUAACUGGAGAUGAACUUGGUCGUUUUGUUGCUGAUAGACGGUGUCUCACUAGCCUUAAGAUUGAAGGGUGCUCUAAUCUAGGAUCAAUUGUUAUUUCUUCAAGUAGUCUUUCUACUCUCUGGCUUUCUGAUCUUCAUUCUCUAUCUAAGACGAUUAUCAACUGCCCUAAUUUGAAGGAGGUUUCUUUGAACUUUUCUCAUCAAGAAAAUGAUAUUACUGAUCUCACAACCAUGAUGGACAACUUGGGAAGAUUCUGCCCAAAAUUGCAGAACAUUCAUGUUGCAUCACCUAAAUUGUCUCAUGCUACUGUUCUUGCUCUCUCAUCAGCAAAUUUGAGGGGAUUGAGAAUGCUCUCAUUAGUGUUGGGUUCUGGCAUCACAGAUGCUUCUGUUGCUGCCAUUGCCUACAGCUUUUCAAAGUUAGAGCUCCUUGACUUGAGUGGGUCUGGCAUCACUGAUAGUGGCAUUGGAAUGAUAUGUAACGUGUUCUCCCGAACUUUGUCAAGAUUGUUGCUAGCUCUUUGCCCUAAUAUCACUUCAAGUGGGAUUCAAUUUGCCACAGCACAAUUGCCUUGUCUGGAGCUAAUGGACUGUGGUAUGUCAAUUUGUGAUCCAAACGUGGAUGAUGUUUCUGUGAAAGAAAGCAAUGAUAAUGAACCACAGAAAAGUAGCAAGUUGCAUCAUAUGUAUCAGAAGCUUAUCAUUAAGCAUAAUCGACUGAAGAAACUUAGCUUGUGGGGUUGUUCUGGCUUAGAUGCUAUUUGCUUAAACUGUCCAGAACUCAGAGACCUGAACCUUACUUCCUGUAAAAAUUUGCAGCCAGAGAGGUUGCUACUUCAGUGUUCCAAUUUGGAAAGUGUUCAUGCUGCUGACUGUGAAAAUUCGCUACGUGAGGUUAUUGAAACUCAGAUUGAAAAUGCUCCACUAGAAAGCCAAUAUCUAAGCAAGCGCAUGGCUGAUGGAUCCAAGAGAGUUAGAGUUCCUCACAUUCUCAGCCAACAGCCUUCUUCUGAUGAUUCCAAGCAAUACCGAGCUCCCAAACGAAGAUGUGUUGUAUUUAUGGGAUGAACCCUAAAAUUGUGAUUAUAUAUGUAAAUCAUUGAAGGUUCCUUGUAUUACAUACUGGGGUCACAGAUCAUUGUUUGAUCUGGGGAGUAAUUGGCUCCUUAUCCCCUUUGUUGACAAAACACCUUCUGUUGUUCUCUAAGUUAGAUUCUAGUGUAGGAGGAAAGCAUUGUAUGAACAAAGGUGUUGAAGUUACUCUGUAAUUCUUUACUAAUAAAACAGAAAUUGUAAGUUAAGUGACAAAUUGUUUAAUGAAAAUUCCAUUAGUGUGUUA